GAUUUUAGAAACACGACAUUAUAUAUAUAUAAACAUAUUUUUUCGAGAAUAGAUGAAAAAUAUAUUUAAAAAAAAUAUUAUUUUUAAGUGGAAAUUUAUUUAAGCGAGUAGAUAUGUGUACUUCUAAAUAUUUAUUUUUUUAAUCAAUUUUGUAAGUGUCUCUGACCUCACGGCACUAUAUAUACUUUAUAAAUAAUAAAUACUGAAUAUAUAAAAAUCCAUUUACUAUCUUUUUAUUCUCUGAUUUUCAUCUCUCUCUCUCACUUAAAUUUUACUCUUCCUCUCUCUAAAAUCCCUUUCUUUUAACCCCUUUCCUUUCUCUUUUGUUUCUCAUGAUUAUGCAGAUCAGCCUCUAACCAUCCGUUUUUUUACGGUUUUUUGUUCAAGUUUUUCUUCUUCUUUUUCGGUGUUUUUUCAUGAAGAUAAGAAGCUUUAGAAUCCAAGUGUGCGGGUUUUUGAAAUUUUGAAAGGAAAAAAAAAAGGUAAUAAUAAGAUGACGUCAACUCCAGGAGCAGCUUCGUCUUCAAAGAUUUGCUUCAAUUCGGACUGCAAGGACUUGAAAUCGGAAAUACCGAGGAAAGGCUGGCGGUUGCGAACGGGAGAGUUCGCUGAGCUCUGUGAUCGAUGCGCUUUUGCUUUUGAGGAGGGAAGAUUUUGUGAUACUUUUCACUUGAAUGCUUCUGGUUGGAGGACCUGUGAGUCAUGUGGGAAGCGGGUUCAUUGCGGAUGCAUUGUUUCAGUUCAUGCGUUUACUUUGUUGGAUGCUGGAGGAAUAGAAUGCGUAGCGUGUGCGAGGAAAAAUGUUGUUAUGGGAUCAAGUUCUUCCUGGUCACCGUCUUUGAUUUUCCAUUCAUCCUUGUCUGAGAGAUUUAAAGAGUAUUCUGCAAAAGGCUGGACUCAGUUAGCUGGUUCAGGCCCUGUACCUUGGCGUCAAGCACCGAGUUUGUUCAAUUCUCCAGUUCCUCAGCCUGAGUUGCACUCUAGAAUGCCCUAUGAAGUUGACUUAUCCACUGGCAUUGACAGAUUAAAUGUCUGCGACAGAUUAUCCACUCCUUCCCUGGAAAAGAAGAAAGUCGAGGACUUCUCUGAAAGGUUAAUGAAUGGAACCUUGAAGCCUGGAACUCGGGAUAUACAUGAGAAGGGAAGUGCAGGAAUCAAUUGCGAGGAACAGCAUAAUCCAUGUUUGACUAAAUUUCAGUCUUCUCUAAAGGAGGAAUCUAAUCCACAAUUUGGUUUAGCUGUACCUUAUACAUCUCCAGAUGAGGCAAAUGGUCAAAAUGGAGUUUCUGGCACUCAUUUGCGACCAAACCCUCAACCUCCACUUGCCAAGCAAUUUCAUAGUAAUCUUCAAAAUGGGACUGACUCAUCAGGUGAAACUCAGAUUCGAAAUGGGAGGCCUCGACCAGAUGGCCGUGGAAAAAACAAUUUAUUUCCUCGUUAUUGGCCUAGGUUUACUGACCAAGACCUGCAGCAAAUAACUGGAGAUUCAAAUUCUGUAAUCACUCCUUUGUUUGAGAAAAUGUUGAGUGCUAGUGAUGCUGGGCGAAUUGGACGUCUGGUGCUACCAAAAAAAUGUGCGGAGGCUCAUUUCCCGCCAAUAUCUCAGCCAGAAGGUUUACCUCUUAAAGUCCAGGAUUCAAAAGGAAAGGAAUGGAUAUUUCAAUUCCGCUUCUGGCCCAACAACAAUAGCAGAAUGUAUGUUUUAGAGGGGGUUACUCCUUGCAUACAGAACAUGCAAGUGCAGGCGGGUGACGUAGUCACAUUUAGUCGGUUAGAGCCUGGAGGGAAGUUGGUCAUGGGUUUCAGAAAGGCUUCAACUGCUUCAGCAUCCGAUCAGGACAAUGAAGCCAAAAAUAGCAAUGGAGUUUCUAUGCAUGGAGAUGCUGAAAUGGCAGAUCCUACCUCAUGGUCAAAAGUUGAUAAGUCAGGGUACAUAGCAAAGGAAGCAUUAGGAGCGAAAGUUGCAGUUUCCAGAAAGAGGAAGAAUAGCAUGCUAGGUUCAAAGAGUAAGCGCCUUAGAAUUGAUAAUGAAGACCUUAUAGAGCUGAAACUAACAUGGGAAGAAGCUCAAGGGCUGCUUCGUCCGCCUCCUAAUCAUGUAGCUAGUGUUGUAGUCAUUGAAGGUUUUGAGUUUGAAGAAUACGAGGAUGCACCGAUUCUUGGGAAGCCAACAAUAUUUGCUACUGAUAAUAUGGGGGAAAAGAUUCAAUGGGCUCAAUGCGAAGAUUGUUUUAAGUGGCGUAGAUUGCCUUCCAAUGUUCUUCUUCCUUCCAAAUGGACCUGUUCCAGUAACUCAUGGGAUCCAGAAAGAUCUUCUUGUUCAGUCAUUCAAGAAUUGACUGCCGAACAGCUGGAAAAUCUGCUGCCACAAUGUAAUCCAGCUGCUUCAAAGAAAAUUAAGGCUGCUAAACAGGAUACGGAGAACGUUGAUGCUUUAGAGGGGCUUGACACCCUUGCGAACUUAGCUAUCUUGGGAGAGGGUGAGUCUCUCCCUACAUCAUCUCAGGCCACCACAAAGCACCCCCGACACAGACCUGGCUGCUCAUGCAUCGUAUGCAUUCAACCCCCGAGUGGGAAGGGCCCCAAACACAAGCAGACAUGUACUUGUAAUGUCUGUGAAACAGUGAAGAGACGCUUCCGCACCCUCAUGAUGCGGCGUGAGAAGAAACAGUCACAAAAAGAAGCUGAAACCACUAGCAAGAAGCAGCAAACUUCGUUGCCUGAUAAAGUACCGGAUGAUGACCCUCCGCCUUGCACUAAUGCAGAAAAUAGCAGUCCAAAGCAGAUAAAGAUUGCCAGCGAGGGUUCAGAAGAUGAUCCUAAUAGAGUAAAAUCCUCAAUUUCACCCUUUAAAGGCCAAAUUGACUUGAACAUCCAGCCAGAGCGGGAAGAAGAGUUGUCACCUGGUUCUGAUUCUGGCAGCAUGAUGAGAUUGCUUCAAGAUGAUACAGACAAAUACCUUAGACAGCAAAGCACGUUGACCUCAGGUGGUAACAGUAAUUCAGAAGUCAGCCAGACACAACCAGGUGGUGGCCCAGAAGGAGAAAAAAUUAGCAACAGUGUCAAUCUCGGAGACAGUCAUCAAGAUAUUGACAGGGACCAUCCAGUUUUCUCCAUUAAAACAUCUGCAUCCACGUCAGCCACUGGUUAAGAUCAAUGCAUUAAGUUGCAUUUGACCAUUAUCAAGGAAUGAACUAUCGAUGGUGGUACAGUUUUUGGUUUCACACAUCUGCAUCGGCAUUGUUCAUUACAGACUGUACAUAAAAGAAGAGAGGUAUAAAAGCUAAUGUCCUCUCUAUAUUGAGGCUGACGCUAAGGUAGUUCAUUUCAGGAGCUCUCCCCUGCUACAGAUCUAGAAGAAUUUUGAAGAUGUAAAUCAAGUGCCUGCCAAUGAAUUGCAUUGCAUUCUGGUGGAUUUCAUAUUGUUUUGUUGUCCUGGCUUGCCUACCAUAUUUCAUGCUUGAAAAAAUGUGCGUAGGAGUAACGGAGUUUGGAGUGUAAUCUUCGAAACCUCCAAUGAUUUGAUGGCGGAGGAUUGCUAUUUGCUAGUGAACUGAAAAUUAUGUAGGUUUGAUUUUUGAAAGUGUCAAGAAUUCUGGAAAGGUUAAA